CCGCCGCCUUCCGGCCCCGCAGCGCCUGCGCCGCCCCGCCAUGGCCACACCGCCCAAGCGCAGGGCCCGGGCCCAGCCGCCAGCCCCGGAGCCGGGCUCCGGGUCGGACUCGGGCUCGGAGUCGGAGUCAUCGGGCGGCUCGGAGUCGGAGGAGGAGCGGGUGGAGGAGGAAGUGAAUAUUGAAUUUGAAGCACAUUCAAUAUCAGACAAUGACUACAGUGGGAUAAAGAAGUUACUUCAACAGUUGUUUCUAAAAGCUCCUGUUAACACUGCUGAAUUAACGGAUAUAUUAAUACAACAGAAUCAUAUUGGAAGUAUUAUCAAGCAAGCAGAGGUCCAGGAAGACAGCAGUGAUGAAGAUGACGACGAUGAUGAAGUCUUUGGUUUUAUAAGCUUCUUAAACUUAACUGAAAGGAAGGGUACACAAUGUGCUGAACAAAUCAAAGAGCUGAUUCUAAGCCGGUGUGAGAAAAAUUGUGAACAGCAUGUAGUUGAACAACUGGAUAAGCUCCUAAAAGAUGAUACUAAGCCUGUGGGUUUCCUACUAAGUGAAAGAUUCAUUAAUGUACCACCACAGAUUGCUUUGCCCAUGCACCAGCAGCUUCAGAAAGAGUUGACAGAAGCACAGAGAACAAACAAACCAUGUGGAAAGUGCCACUAUUACCUUCUUAUCAGCAAGACCUUUACAGAAGCUGCAAAGAGCAAUUCUAAGAAGAGAGAAGGGAAGAGAAAUCAGCAAAAGGAGGAAUUAAUGUUUGCAAACGCAGAGGAAGAAUUCUUUUAUGAGAAAGCUCUUCUGAAGUUCAACUAUUCUGUGCAAGAGGAAAGUGACACCUGUUUGGGUGGCAGAUGGUCCUUUGAUGAUGUACCAAUGAAACCUUUGCGGACUGUUAUGGUAGUUCCAGCCGAUGGAAUUAAUGCAAUUAUGGAUAAACUCAAAGACUAUCUCUCUCCAUGAACUUUCCUAUAAAGUUUUUUUUUAUAAAUCAGACAUGCAAAACUUUAUAUUUUUCAGAAGAUUACUAUGGAGUUAACGGUUUUGUACUGCUGAAAUGCUUCCUCUGUACACUUAAAAGACAAGUAGUUGGUACAACUAAAAAUACCCAUCAAAUUAAUAUUUCAAAAUAUUGUAUCUUGCUGUACUUUGGUAUCAUCAUUAAGCAGUCAAUAAAAGUCCAGUGUUACAAAAAAAAAA